AUGCUUCAUCUCGACAGAUUAACUAGAAGAAGUAUCGUGCAAAAGAAACUGCAUCUGCCAGCUUGUGUACAUCAGGUUCGUUCUUAUCACUUGAACCCCAAACUUGUCAACUACCACCUUAUCAACAAACCAGUCAGCUGUUUUUCGGUGACUUUAACGCUGGGCUUUUUCAUUAUCCACCUGUGUUUCAACUCCGAUUUAGCUUGCAUGCUGUACUAUAUUACUGUGCUUUGUGUUGUAUGCUCUUGUCUUAAGGAGUUAUUUUUAAGUAUUUUUAAGUAUUUUUAUAUAUUUCUUUUUUCAAUACUCUUGCAUCAAAUUAUGCCUUUAACACCCUCUUCCGUGGCUUCAAAUACUCGUGCACAGGCUCAGAAAUCUCCUUCUACCACUGACAUUUUGAAGGCAAUCGAAUCGCUCUCUACUUCGCAAUCGUCGCAGUUUAGUGAACUUAAAAGUAGCAUUUCGACACUCACUUCCCAAGUAGCAGAUCUGGUAUCUGAAAAAGCUUUUUUCCGGGCUGAAAUUGGUGUGCUCCGUUCAAGAAUUGAUGUUUUGGAAUCACGCCCGGUCCCCUCUAUCGAUUCGUCUUCAGUGAUUUUUCGUGAAUCUACUGAACGAAGCAAAAUUGAAUUUAAUGCAAUUGCAUAUGGAGUGCCUGAGUCCGCUGCCAACACCGCUGCUUUAAGAGUUAAUGAUGAUCUACGUACACUUAGCAAUCUUCUUGGACAAAUAACUAUACCUGUACCCACCAAUCUUAAGCUAAUACGCCUAGGCAAUAGUAAUGCGAAGAAACCGAGACCUUUGAAGGUAAUCUGCCAAUCCAAGGCCGAUGCUUCUCAACUUAUUUUAAAUUUUAAUUCACAAACGCGGAAUGGAUUAUUACCAGAACCUGGUUUUCGCAUUGUUCGGGACAAAACCACGCUUGAACGGGAACUUUUGCGUAAAGCUCAUUCCGAUCUGCAACGUAAAAUCGAAAGUGACUCUUCAGAUUUUACUAUUUCAUAUGUCAAUGGUGUACCUUCAGUGAUUAAAGCCGGUCCAAAAAACAUGAACCCCAGAGGAGGAAGCAAUCAUCAACCGAGUUCCACUCAGCAUUUGCAUUAG